AUGAGGGUCAAAGACAGAGGGUUGGACAAGGAUUCUGCUGUAUUCGAACUUCCGCACACCAAUAACGAUCGCACUUCUUCCGGUGUUUGUCUGCGCGUGAAUUUCUUCCCUCAUUUCCUCAAAUAUUUUUCGUCGCACCAUUCAUUCGGAAUGCCUGGACCGCCACCACCUCCACCUCCUCCUGCCGCGCCUCCACCUCCCAUAGGUGGGGGCGGUGGUGGUGGAGGCCCGGCCUUUUUGGCGGAUAUUCGGAAGGGUACAGUGCUCAAGAAGGUGCCUGAGUCGCAGAAAAAUGAUCGUAGCGCUGCUCUCGUUCCCGACAAAGGUGCCAGUAAAGGAAAUCGGUCGGGAAUGCCGCCGGGCGGCGGUGGUGGAGUCGCUUCCCCACCUAAGGACCUCAGGGCGGAACUCAAUGCUAUGUGUGCUAAUCGUUUUCAAGGAAAGCCGCAACCAGCGCCAGUAUCCCCUCAAAAGAGACCUCCGUCCCCCUCUCACCGUAUGGAAGCGAAUUUCGGCAGCCCAGCUUUCCAGGCCCGCCCCGCGCCGGGGUACGUGCAGCCCGAACCUAACGUCCGUCCUUUUCCAGCCGUCCAGCCACCGCGCGGCUCUGACCCUUUACUCGAAGAGCCAGGAAAACAACGGGCUCCAGCACCAUCAAUGCAAUCGCCAGCGCCAUCACCACAUCCGUCUAAAGAAGCGGCCUACCGCCCGAGGGCUCCAGCACCACCGGCCUACCGCCCGAGAGUAAGCCCUAACAUUGGUCAGGGGCCACUGCCACCCGUACCUUCACGUCCGUCGGAAGAUAAGACCUGGGAGAGUAGAUUCAACUUCCCCAAUGAAAACACAUUCCCGCCACCGCCAGAGACCUACCGUGGGCCGCGAACCUAUGUGCGGUGCCGCGUUGGUGAUAAACGCCAUCCAAAGAUGCAGUCAAAUGUAAAUUUGGCUAGCUAUCUCGUAACAAAAAAUGCAUGGAAGGGCAGCUACAAAAGAGUUCUGUCAGUAGGCACACAAGGCAUAACCACUUAUCGAAAGGACAAUCUUCGUGUCACCAAUCAGUGGCUCUACCAGGAAAUCUUCGCUAUUCGGGCAGAUAGCGUAGGAUCUAAGGCGGGGAGUGUGAAUAAUCAACAGAAAUUUAAUCUGGUUGCUGGGGGACCUGGCGGACGCAAGGAUAUGUCAUUUUCGUCUGAGUAUCGUACGGACAUUUUAACUGAUAUGCUAAAACUUUCAGCAGUGAGAGUCACGUGGUCAGAGAAAGAAAAACCCGUUUUCCUUGAGAUUACUCCCAUUUCAAUCGAUCAAAUUGACCAGGUCACGGGUACGAGGGUCGCCUGCUAUGCCUAUCGCGAUAUCCAGUACCUUGCUCAGGUCACUGGUCUCCAAGGUGCAUUUGCCAUUGUCUGCGGAAGUCAAGAACGCAUUCAUCUCUUCCGGUGUUCUGAUCCUGUCAGUCUCAUGAACGCAGCCGCAGAAGCAGCCGCUUUGUAUCUAGGCUUCAUUCUCAAUCGAUCACUUGCACCUCUAACUGUUGAUUGGUGCCGUGAGAUGCGCCUAGGCCCGAUGGCGACGCCCGAGAAUAUGAUAUCGACGGCGGAGUUUGUGUUACAGAAGGUUGCGCCUUACCGUCAUGGCAGCGGUGCACCACCACUUUCGAGAACUCUCUGUCUGACGGAUUGUCUUUUAGUUGAACGCGAUCCAAUCUCAUAUAGGCCAAUAUCAGCUCAACCACUAUGUGAAGUAUUCGCACUGAUUCGAUCACGACGGGAGCCCCAGAUGUUGAGCAUUGAGUACAUAAACGGAAAGGUACACACCUACUAUUCCUCUGACAGAGACUCCCUGCUCUGUUCUAUUUUGGACGGAGUUAGAGCCAGCGGUAACCAAUGCGUCUGUGUUCGUUCUACUAAAUCUCGUCGAAGUCUACGCCUACAACCCACAUCAGUUUUAUCCUCGGCGGAGGUCGAGUCUAUGCAUCUUCGAUUUUUACGCCAACCGCCGGAAGAUAUUUCGUUCUGGGAGGUGAUCGAACGAUUCAAUGCCAAUGUCGCCUAUAGUGGGCUGGUACAUGCCGUCAGUCAGGACGGUAUUUUCACUGAAAACAAGGAACGACUAAUUAAAGACGCUCUAAUCGUCCUUCUCUCUCGGUGUCCUAGUACGCAACGUUCUGUGCCUACUGAUGAUGAUUUUAUUUAUCGGAAAGGUCUUCCAGACCGUGAGGUUCGUUUGCAGCUGGACGAGGCAAGGUUUCAAGCAAUUCGACGUCUAGUCGCGUCUAAAGCUGGUUUUGAGGCCUUUACUCAGUUAUCUGGGGUGAGAGAGAAUCUUGGCAGAGCCGUGGUGGCCGCGCUAGCUCAAAAUGAUGACUCAUUGACGCAUGCAGUAAUCGACGCAGUGAAUACACUGAUGCAACCCAUGCAUGAGUCGCCGGAUCUGCGACAGGAACAGCUCAAUAAGGCGUCAAUCAUGUCGAGUGCUCCGUUUAUGCGACAGUUAGUCAAUUUGUUCACUUUGCACGCACUUCGUGGCACUGGUUCAUUGGUCAUUUCGGGUCUUCUUGAUUUCUUUACCUUCGCCCUCUGUCUGCCCUACUCGGAGACUUCGGAGGGGGCGUCUUUUGAAACCCUCCUGACAAUGGUCGCUUCACGGGGUCGUGCCAUCUUUCGGCUCUUCUCGCAUCCGAGUCUGGCUAUAGUGAAGGGUGCGGGACUUGUAAUGCGUGCAAUAAUCGAUGAAGCCUCGGAGGCACUGGUGGCGCAGCUGCGGCAGAUGUCGUUGGCCGAGGGAGCUCUUUUGCAGCACAUCUUAAUUGCUUGUUUCGCCAAUGUUAACGAUCCGCGAAAUCUUGUUCUCAGACAACUGAGUCGUCAACUGAUCGCCCUGUGGACGGAGAACAAUCCUCAAGCUCAGGAUUUGCUAAAACGCGUUUUUCCCGAGGGUCUUCUCUCAUUUCUGGACUCUCCUGAUCUUCCCCCGGAAACAGAAAAAGAUCAUCUUUUUGUGAGGGACAAUCUUCAAUUAGCUCAAGAGCACGUAUUGCGAGUGCAAAGCAAAAAAUCGGAACCACUGUACAUUCUACAGGAGCGUGUGGACAGCAUUUUGCAGCAUUGGAGGGUCAAGGUCGGCCUUCAGCCCAGAAAGCCAUCCACUCCGAACAUUGAGGACAGACCUGUGGCGCUGCGCUUGACCCGUCGCAUGCGAAUCAAACUGGGCACCCCGGACACCCGAGUGGACGGCAAACCGACCGAAUUGCCUCGCACUCUCAACUGGCCUCUCUUCUACUACCACUUUCAACGGGAUCACGCCAAACCCGAUCUGAUUUGGAACCUAAGGACCCGUGACGAAUUGAAGGAUGCCAUUGAAAAAGAAGUAGGUGAAUACUGUCGUGAAUGCAGCUUCUUCUCCCAUUCUCGUCUUGAAAAUGAGGACGGUGAAGGUGCCUCUGGAGCAGAUUACAGUGAAAUGGAAACGUUGGAGGAGGCAGAAGCAGCUGAUGUUGCUUUAGAAGCCCAUGAAAGCGGCGAAGAUGACAGUGACUCCACAGUCACAUCUGAUGGCAAUGUUGGCAGCUCUUCCAAGUCUACUUCCUCCACGAUACCGACUAGUUCACUUGAACGGCAGGUCUCGCGUCUACUGACCCACGUAAACGAGGUCUCGUGGAAUCAUGCGGAAUUUCGAGUUCGCUAUCACAGCCUGGCUGCUGAACCUCGUGUCGGGAACUACUUCCUCCGUCUUCUUUUGGAAGAGGAUAAGCGUCUAGCUUCCGCGUCUGAUGAUGCUGAUCACGGUGCUUCGACGCUAGGUCUUUCAAGAAUUAAGAAUAGUCGGGAAUUCUUCAGCGAGCUCUUCCGACGCUACCUGCAGUACACCGCGGCACUGGGAUCGAUGAAUUCUUCACUUGGUGGUGGUGGUGGUGGAAGGAUUCCACGUGGGAAACGCGGCCGUGGCAGACGUGGAAAUCAUUUACUUUCAAUGCGAUGCCUCUGCUUGAACGCGAUGACAAUUGUCUAUGGAAGGUGCUACGCGGAAAUCGGAGCGGUUUCCGAUAUUCCUCUCCUAGUGCAUCUUAUGGAUAGAACGCCAUCGGCUGCAGAAAGAGACUGUCUUAUUACAUUAUUGGAGAAAUUAGUGAUUGAUAAGUACAACGCGGACGAAUUCCUCGAAGCUGAUGGUGUGCGUGUGGUAACCGACCUCGCGUGCCUCUCGCACCUCCACACUGCACGUGCACCUGUCCCCACGGCAACGAACGUGCUUAAAGGUGACGCCGACAAUCCGGAGGCAGUGGAAGGUGGCGGAGCGACGCAACGCGAGUGGUGGUACUGGCGCACCACCGAGCCGCGCACCUCUGAGGGACCUUUCACCUUUACCGAAAUUCGCCAAAAGCUCUCCGAUGGCAAUCUCGCCAGCAAUACCUACGUUUUCGCUCAGGGUCUGGACAGUCAGCCUCGCUGUCGCAUAGAAGGUGUCUUCGUGGGCACUGAGGAAGAUGAGAAGGAGGCCUUCGGUUCAAAUUCCACCUCCGAUUUCGCCCCGUUCGGUGCUACAACUACCGGCACCACUGUAACCACGAAAACUCCUUUAGCUUCCACUCUAGGCUGGAUGCCGGCCAACCGGGUCACACAACUUCGAUGGUCUGUGCCGCGACUGCUCUUCGGUGAAGAUGCGGAGGGAGGAGGAGAUAUGAAUGAGUUGGGGGCGGAAGGGAGAACUGAAGAAGACGACCUGACUACUAAGUUGGGAGUCAGUCAGGGGGCGCUCCUAGACCAUACGGCGCUGGCGAUUCGAUGUGUGGAGGUGCUAAAAAGACUGUGUGAGAGGAGUGCUUCUAGGGACGAGACGACAGGAGGCAUUAUUCGACCCCUCCCGAGACCAAGACGAGCAAUUUCGAGUCCAUUUAACUUGCCGCAUAUUGUCCAGCUUCUCCUUACUUUCGAUCCACCCCUAGUGGAACGCGUCGCCAGUCUUUUGCUUCAUGUAGUCGAUCAGAAUCCCUGUCUUCCACGAAUCUACUUGACCGGUGUUUUCUUCUUCAUUCUUAUGUACACCGGGAGCAACGUCCUUCCUAUUGUUCGCUUUCUCAAAGCCACGCAUCUUCUGCAAGCGGAGGAGACCUCAGAGACGGGAUUACCGUCAGUUCUGAGCAAAAUUCUCCCUGAAGCCAUGAUAGCCUUCUUGGACAAUCAUCCACCCGAGAAGUUUGCUGAAAUUUUUUUGGGGGAUUUCGACACUCCCGAAGCUAUCUGGAAUCAGGAAAUGCGGCGCUUCAUGAUAUCACGGAUAGCUGCCCAUCUUGCUGACUUUACUCCUCGACUGAAGAGUAAUGUGCGCUCCAUCUACCACCACAUCGGCAUUCCACGAAUUAUCUAUGCCCAACUAGAAGGUGAACUCUUCUGUAAUCGCUACUACCUUCGACAUUUCUGUGACACCUCGCGCUUUCCUGACUGGCCAGUUAAAGAUCCAAUAGCCCUAUUACGAGACAUUUUGGCUUUUUGGCGAGUGGAGACGGAGAAGAAACCUUCGAGGAUCACUUAUGAGGAUUCAUUGCGAGAAUUGGGUUUGGAAGCUGGCCAAUUGAAUGAAUCAAACCAAGAGUCAAGUAUUCGUCGAGCCUACUACCAACUGUCGAUGAAAUAUCACCCGGACAAGAAUCCGAAUGGUCAGGCGAAAUUCCAGGCUGUCAAAGCGGCGUACAACUUUCUCUGUGAGCGUGGACUUCAUUCCGAUGGGCCAAAUCGUCGACACAUUCAGCUUCUCAUUCGAGCUCAGAGCAUCCUCUACUCACGCUAUCGAAAAGAGCUCGCCCCUCACAAGUACGCUGGCUACCCUGCCCUUAUCCGUACCAUUCGCAUGGAGGUGGAGGACGAGGCGCUCUUCCAAAAGGGUCUCGACACUGCCUCCAAUGGUAACAACGCUACCGAACUCCUUUCUUCUUCUACUGAACUCGCCUACGAAACCGUUACCACUAGUGCGCUCAACGCUGAGGAGUUGAGACGCGAGGGUGGUCUCAAAACCCUUCAGGAUGCAUUUGAGCGAUGCUCUGCAUUGUUAUCGCUAGACAACAACUUGAACAAUUCGCUUGCAACGAAUGUCUGCUGCCACGUGACUGGGUUCUUCACCGUCUCGACAAAAUUCUCCGCUUCGAGGGAGUGCAUUUGUGAGAUACCACAGAUUGUACGCGAGAUAAUUCGCCUUCUUUACUACAAAAACCUCUUGCGUCUCUGUUGUCAGGCUGCUGCCUGUGCUGCCGCUUUCUGCGAAGAAUUUUGGCUCUGCACCAGUGUUUAUCAAAAUGGUGGCGUCUUCAUGCUCCUUUAUCACAUUCUCGCUUACGAUUUCACACUGGAAGAAAGUGGUGUUGAGGCCUCCAGUGCUACCAACAAACAGAUUACACUGAAUCAGCUCUCACUGCUGUGUCUGUGGGCUCUGGCACGUCUCCUUAAUGGAAUCGCCUCCAACGAAUCACAAUGCGAAGUGGAUUCCUUGUCCGCUUCCGUGGAAUUCACUCUCAAUCGUCUUCUGACACCCUACAUCACAAGGAAGUUGUUUGAUCUAGCCCAAACGGCUAAACCGCCAGCGCCGGUGGCUAAUGUUGAUAUCCUUCUGGCGUCUUCUUUUCUCUCGCCCAAAUCAGAGAGUGGUCGAACGCUGAGGCAGUUGGCCAAACUGCUAACGACGAAUAGUGCGACACCCUGCUUCAUUUGGGAUAAUCAGUGUAGGGCACAGAUGAGUGAAUUUUUGGAUGAACAGGUCUUGCAUUUCGUAAAGACGGGUGAAGCUGAUUUGAAUGCCGUGAAAACCUUCGAGCACAAAACCCUCCAGGGUGAACUUCUGGUCGGUGAAAUCUUUGUUCGUAUCUUCAAUAAGCAACCCGCCUUUCCAUUAGAUAAUCCCAAAGGCUUCGUCAUUGAUCUGCUAAAUUACCUUAAGACAGAACUGGCUUUACUCCCAAGAGUCUCUGAUGGUUUCCCAGCCACCACCAAACGCGUCAGUCAUCUCGAAUCCGCAUUGGAAGCCCUCCGCAACGUCGUCCAUAGCUAUGCCGGCGUCGAACUGCAAUGCAUCGGCCACUUCGACAUUCUCUUCGGAAUUCUUGAACUCGAGGGUUAUGCUGAUCUUAAAUUGCGGUCCAUUGAAGUGCUCCACGCUGUGGCGAAGAAUCCGGAGUGCCUGAACGAUAUCCACGCCUCAAAUCUUCUUGUUGUAGCUGUUAUUCUAUUUCGCGCCCUACCUCUUGCACACCUACCACUGUUGGAUUUCUUCGCCCAUGUAGUCGCAGUGAACUCAUUGUUGAAGGAACUCGUAUAUGCUGGGGGGUUGAUCUACCUCCUAGAAGCAAUUGCAACUUCGGAAGUGCCUGAGGUUCGACGUGGAUCAGCGGAAUUGCUUAGUCGAUGUCUGGCUAAUCCGCAACUGGGUCGACGAAUUCAGGCUCUAUUGGGACAAUUCCUACCUGCCAUAUUUCCAGAAACUAUCCGAGGGGCACCGCAACAGUUUGUUGCACUCUAUGAUUCGGACCAUCUCAAUCCAGAACUGAUUUGGAACCAGGAUUGUCGGGAUCAUUUAACCGAGGCUAUUAUCGACAUGUGUAACCGGUUUAAUCGUCAACAGGAGAAGAACCACGCCCUUAAGUGGUCCCUUCCCGACGCCUACGCUGUCUCUUAUGCCACCGCCGUAACUGCUGCGCUCCGUGCUCAUAAUCUCGCUGACUCAAACAAAGACAGUGCCGGAGCGGAAGCAUCUCUUUCCGAUUCUUUGGAGGUCGUCUGCGUGGGAGGCGUCUACCUCCAAAUCUAUGUCUCCCAAGCAGCAGGUCGUUGGAUGCUACGUCAGCCAGAGACCUUUCUGGAAGCCUUGAUGACUCGACUUCUAGAAACUUUCAACCGAAAGUCACCAGAAACGGAUCCAGGCCUGCUGCGAUUGCUAAGUCGAGCGGCGCUGCAACUGCUGGCAGACCGACCUGGUUUGUUGGAUGGACUGCCAAAGAAGGGAUUUGCUCAUAGGAUACUAGAUCUAUGUCCUGCGGUAAAUGAACCAGAGGAGGCGAGGACAUGUGCUCUGUUGAUACAUGCCAUGUCAGCUAGCAAGCUCUGCGUCGGUGCAAUGAUGGAGCGGGAGACGAUAGCUGGCUACCGACAUGUGAUUAGUUACUGUGUCGGCGAGGAGUUAGGCACAAUGGGAGAAACUCUUUUCAACAUCUUCAACACUACCGGCUGUGAUCCUCUGGUUGCUCAAGCGCUUAAAUGCGAUCUCAUCGAUUUCCUGCUGCAGAUACUGCAGCGUGGCCUACCGGUAACCGUUCGUGAGCCGGGUCAGUGUCGCGCCUAUAUUGUGAAGGCUCUCAAGGCAAUGCAAAAGAAUCCCCUCUAUGGGGCACAGGUGAGUGCGAAGCUGGAUGCGGAAAGUGACAGGUGGUUGGAGUUUAGAGAUCAGAGCCACGCUCUUUUCCUGACUAAUGCGCCACAGUCAGCCGCUCUAGCUUCCACCUAUUUAACUGCUGGAGCAAGCGGAUCUAGCAUGCAUGCUGGAUUCCUUACCGGUGGUAUUAGUGCUGGUGCUACAGGGACUGGCGCUGCUGCUUCUACGGGUGGUACCGCUGCUGUUGCAGCGUCCAACGCUACUGUUGUCAGUCCAGCGCUGGGUCCCGGCGGGGUACCCAUAGCCCCGCCUCAACCACGACCUUAA